CGAUUAUCUGUCGUGCCACAGCAGCACAGGCGGGCAGGCAUAAAUUCCAGCUGCCUCGCUCCCCCUUCUUCCCUCCCCACUCCCAUCCCCCUCCUCGAGAAGAGCACGGCCAUCCCCAGCCCGCCUCCAGUCGAGAAGGCCACGACCAUUGGCGGUAGACAGUAUACAUGGAGGUGGAGACUGCGGUGCCUCCUCCGGCGGCCGGGCCGGACCGUGUGGAGACCGCCUCGCGGGAGCCGAGCCACACGGGGGCCUCCUCCUCGCCGUCGCCGGCGGCCGGAGGCGAAGCGAAUGGCGCGGCCACCAAGGUGCAGAAGGUCUACCGGAGCUACCGGACCAGGCGCAAGCUCGCCGACUCCGCCGUCGUCGUCGAGGAGCUCUGGUGGCAAGCGCUGGACUUCGCGCGGCUGAACCACAGCACCGUCUCCUUCUACGACGACCCGGAGCCGGAGACCGCCGCCUCGCGCUGGAACCGCGUCAGCCUCAACGCAUCAAAGGUGGGGCAGGGUUUAUCCAAGGACGCCAAGGCUCUCAAGCUGGCUUUCCAGCACUGGAUCGAGGCUAUUGAUCCAAGACAUAGGUACGGGCAUAACCUGCAUUUCUACUAUGAUGUCUGGUGCCAGACCCAGGCUGGCCAGCCCUUCUUCUACUGGCUUGAUAUUGGUGAAGGAAAAGAUGUAGAUCUUCCAGACUGUCCAAGGGCUCGGCUGAAGAAGCAAUGCAUAAGAUAUCUUGGUCCACAAGAGCGCGAGUUCUAUGAAUACAUCGUUAAAGAGGGAAAGAUUAUCCACAAGAUAUCUGGAGAGGCACUUGAUACAAGCCAGGGCCCUAAAGGGACAAAGUGGAUUUUCGUUAUGAGCACAGCAAAGAAACUUUAUGCUGGGCAGAAAGAGAGAGGUGUAUUCCAGCACUCCAGCUUUUUAGCAGGAGGUGCCACUAUAGCUGCUGGAAGGUUCACUGCAGAAAAUGGAGUUAUCAAGUCCAUCUGGGCUUAUAGUGGACAUUACAAACCGAGUGCGGAGAAUCUUAGCAACUUCAUGAGCUUUCUAGAAGAGAAUGGAGUUGAUCUGAAAGAAGUUGAGGUACGCUCAUCCACCAAGGAAGACUACUAUGAAGAUCCAGCACCUAAUAGCAAACAGAACCCUGCUGCUGCUAUCAUGCCAUCCAAUCCUCCACAAUUGAUUCUCCCUUCCAACAUGGUAGAAGAAGCCAAGGCAUCUGGGCAAUCUUCUCAGACUGAAGCUGACGAGGUCAACGAUAAUCUCUGCGUGGAGAAAGCAAGGCCAGCCUACCAAAGAACCUUAUCAGGUGGCCUGCAAAGCCCUAGAGAUGCCGUCGUCUCCCAGGAUGCAAUUCUUGAGAGAGUGAACUCCAAGAACAAGUCAAAAUCCUAUCAGCUCGGCGACAGGCUGUCCCUGAAAUGGAGCACUGGAAAUGGUCCAAGAAUUGGGUGUGUGAAGGAUUAUCCAAUAGAGCUCAGAAUGCAAGCCCUGGAGAUGGUACAGCUCUCGCCCAGAGCAUCGACUCCUCCGGCCUCGUGGAGGGUGCCAUCAUGCAUCUCCCCCACCUCGCCAACGUCGCCGCUCGUGCCAAUGCAGGCCUCCCUGCCCCAGCCAAGUUAGGAACUUGAGUCUAGGCGAUAGCUGUGUAGCUCUGCUACCUCAUAUUUGAUGGGUGCUGCAAAUGUCAGAAGUUUGUGCUUGCUGUUUUUCCUAUGUUCCUGGAAUCCAUUUGUAGCUCAGAUGGAUCUGGUGAGGAUUGUAUGAGUUCGAAUUCGGUUGAAUUGAACUGACAAUGUGUGAUUGCGCUUUUUC